AUGUCUGGGUUUCUUGAUGCCAGGUGCUUCAGAGAUACGACUGGACACACUGACUGUCCUGGGUAGUGCUGAGACCUCCACUGUGGGGAUUCAAGGGCUUGUGCUUGCAUUAGUAAAAUCAGUCACAGAGAAGAUGCAGCCCUGUUGCAAGGCUCCUGAUAUCCCCACACCAGUGCUGGGCCUCUCAAUGCUCUCCCUCACCUAUCACAGCAGCAUCCGCUCUCUGGAGGUUCAGUGUGGUGCAGGGCUGACGUUACUCUGGAGCCCCCCAGAUCACAUGUAUCUGUACCAGCAUGUCUUGGCCACAUUCCAGUGCCGAGACCUUUUACGAGCUACUGUGUUUCCUGAGAUUAUUCAGUCCCAUGCACUAAAGACUCCACAAUCCACUUCUGAACCAGAAGACCAUCUCCCUGAGUCACCCCUACCUAGGCGGCUGCUAACCCUGACCCUGGAGGUGAGCACUGCCAAGCUGACAGCUUUCGUGGCAGAAGACAAGUUCAUUACCCUGGCUGCAGAGAGUGUGUCACUCAGCCGGCAUGGAGGCUCACUGCAGGCUUACUGCCCGGAGCUGGCUGCUGGCUUUGAUGGCAACAGCAUCUUCAACUUCAAGGAGGUAGAGGUGCAGCUUCUGCCUGAGCUAGAAGAGAUGAUCCUCCACAGGAACCCCUUCCCUGCACUGCAGACCCUCCGCAAUCGGGUUUGGCUUCUUUCCCUUGGAUCGGUCUCAGUGGAGUUUCCUUAUCAGUAUGACUUCUCUCGAACCUUGGAUGAGGCGGUGGGAGUUCAGAAAUGGCUAAAGGGGCUGCAUCGAGGGACUCACGCUUGGGCUUCUCCAAGCCCUGCCCCUCUACCACCUGAUUUACUUCUAAAGGUUCAGCAUUUUUCUUGGGUUUUCCUGGAUGACAUCUUUGAGGUGAAACUUCAUGAUAACUAUGAACUGAUGAAGGAUGAAAGUAAGGAGAGUGCCAAAAGGCUGCAGCUGCUGGAUGCCAAAGUGGCUGCCCUGCGCAAGCAGCAUGGGGAGCUGUUGCCAGCCCGAAAAAUUGAGGAGCUCUACGCCUCUUUGGAACGCAAGAACAUUGAAAUCUACAUCCAGCGCUCUCGUCGUCUCUAUGGCAACACGCCCAUGCGCCGUGCACUGCUCACUUGGAGCCUGACAGGGCUGGAGCUGGUGGCUCUGGCAGAUGCAUCCUUCCAUGGGCCUGAGCGUGUGAUAGAGCAGGUUCGAGAACUUGAUCCUGGCAGCCCUUUUCCUGCUGAAGGAAUGGACCUUGUCAUUCAGUGGUGCCGUAUGCUCAAGUGCAAUGUCAAAACUUUUCUGGUUCGGAUCAGAGACUAUCCACGCUACCUGUUUGAGAUCCGUGACUGGCGGCUAGUGGGUCGACUUGCAGGCACUGAGCAGAGUGGCCAGCCAUGCUCCCGUCGACGGCAAAUCCUGCGUUUGGGGCUUCCCUGGGGUAACGUGGCAGUAGAAAGGAACAUGCCCCCACUCAAGUUUUACCAUGACUUCCACUCGGAAAUCUUCCAGUACACAGUGGUGUGGGGCCCAUGCUGGGAUCCAGCCUGGACACUGAUUGGUCAGUGCGUGGACCUCUUGACCAAGCCUUCAGCUGACCCCAGCCCACCUUUGCCCUGGUGGGAUAAGAGCCGUCUUCUGUUCCAUGGGGACUGGCAUAUGGAUAUUGAACAAGCAAACCUGCAUCAGCUGGCCACAGAGGAUCCAUAUAAUACAACUGAAAACAUGCACUGGGAGUGGAGCCACCUUUCUUUUCAUUGGAAACCUGGUCAGUUUGUGUUCAAAGGGGACCUGGAUGUCAACGUGAGAACAGCUUCUAAGUAUGACGACUGCUGCUUCCUUCACCUGCCUGACCUCUGCAUGACACUGGACCUACAGUGGCUGUGCCAUGGGAACCCUCAUGAUCAUCACAGUGUCACUCUGAGGGCCCCAGAGUUCCUGCCUGAGGUACCCUUGGGCCAGCUCCAUGACUCCUACCGGGCCUUCCGCUCUGAGAACCUCAACCUCUCCAUCAAGAUGGAUUUGACUCGCCAUAGUGGGACAAUAUCCCAGCCCCGGAUUCUGUUGUACAGUAGUACUCUGCGCUGGAUGCAAAAUUUCUGGGCAACUUGGACUAGCAUCACGAGGCCUAUCUGUAGAGGAAAACUCUUCAAUAACCUGAAGCCCAGCAAGAAGAAACUUGGCCAGCACUACAAACAGCUCUCCUAUACUGCGCUGUUUCCUCAGCUACAGGUACAUUACUGGGCUUCCUUUGCCCAGCAACGGGGCAUCCAGAUAGAGUGCAGUCAGGGCCACGUCUUCACUCGGGGAACUCAGCGGCUUAUACCUCAAGCUGGCACAGUGAUGCGGCGCCUUAUUUCUGAAUGGAGUGUGACCCAGAUGGUGAGUGACUUAAGUCAGGUGACCGUUCAUCUGAUGGCUUCACCCACUGAGGAGAACGCUGACCACUGCCUUGAUCCCUUGAUCACAAAGACCCACCUACUGAGCCUGUCUUCCCUUACUUACCAACGGCACAGCAAUCGCACCACUGAAGAGGAGCUGUCUGCUCGGGAUGGUGAUGCUGCCUUCCACACCCAUCAGCUGUACUUGGUAGACUUACGGAUUUCCUGGACCACCACCAACAGGGACAUCGCCUUUGGCUUGUAUGAUGGCUACAAAAAAGCAGCUGUGCUCAAGCGCAAUCUCUCCACUGAGGCCCUGAAGGGUUUGAAGAUUGAUCCUCAGAUGUCAGCCAAAAAGCCAAAGCGGGGUAUCCCACCUAGCGCCCAAGCCCAGCCUCGUGCCAGCGCUCCCAGCUUCAGGGGACAGCCUGAUAAGGGAUCAUCAGGAGGUGCUUACAUGUUGCAGAAGCUGAUUGAAGAGACAGAUAGAUUUGUAGUAUUCACAGAAGAGGAGUCUGGUAUGAGUGACCAAUUGUGUGGAAUCGCUGCCUGCCAGACAGAUGACAUAUACAACCGAAACUGCCUUAUUGAACUGGUCAACUGCCAGAUGGUUCUUCGUGGAGCGGAGACAGAAGGCUGUGUCAUUGUGUCAGCUGCCAAAGCUCAGUUGCUGCAGUGCCAACACCAUCCAGCUUGGUAUGGUGACACGCUGAAACAAAAGACUUCCUGGACUUGCCUGUUAGAUGGCAUGCAGUAUUUUGCUACCACCGAAAGCAGUCCUACUGAACAGGAUGGCCGACAGCUCUGGUUAGAGGUGAAGAAUAUUGAAGAGCACCGGGAACGUAGUCUGGACUCUGUUCAGGAGCUGAUGGAAAGUGGGCAGGCAGUGGGAGGCAUGGUUACCACAACCACAGAUUGGAACCAGCCAGCUGAAGCCCAGCAAGCCCAGCAAGUGCAGCGGAUCAUUUCACGUUGUAAUUGCCGGAUGUACUAUAUCAGCUACAGCCACGACAUUGACCCUGAGCUAGCAACUCAGAUUAAGCCACCUGAAGUUCAUGAGAACCAGGAAAAGGAGGAUCUCUUAAAGAAGCAGGAAGGGGCUGUGGAUACUUUUACUCUUAUCCACCAUGAAUUGGAAAUUUCUACCAACCCAGCUCAGUAUGCUAUGAUUCUGGACAUUGUCAACAACCUGCUUCUCCAUGUAGAACCCAAGCGGAAGGAGCAUAGUGAAAAGAAACAGCGCGUCAGAUUCCAGCUCGAGAUCUCCAGCAAUCCUGAGGAGCAGCGCAGCAGCAUAUUACACCUGCAGGAGGCUGUGCGGCAGCAUGUGGCCCAGAUACGGCACCUAGAGAAGCAGAUGUACUCGAUCAUGAAGUCUUUACAGGAUGACAACAAGAAUGAGAACUUGCUGGACGUGAACCAAAAACUUCAGUUACAGCUAAACCAAGAAAAGGCCAACCUGCAGCUGGAAAGUGAAGAACUGAACAUCCUUAUCAGAUGUUUUAAGGAUUUCCAACUGCAGCGAGCCAAUAAAAUGGAGCUUCGAAAACAACAGGAAGAUGUGAGUGUGGUCCGUCGCACUGAGUUUUACUUUGCUCAGGCACGUUGGCGUCUGACAGAAGAAGAUGGACAGCUGGGAAUUGCUGAGCUGGAGCUUCAGAGGUUCCUUUACAGCAAGGUGAAUAAGUCUGAUGACACAGCAGAACAUCUCCUGGAGUUGGGCUGGUUCACUAUGAACAACCUUCUCCCCAAUGCUAUUUAUAAGGUGGUUCUACGGCCCCAGAGUUCCUGCCAGUCUGGGAGACAGCUAGCCCUCCGCCUCUUCAGCAAAGUACGGCCGCCUGUUGGUGGCAUCUCUGUUAAGGAACACUUUGAGGUAAAUGUGGUGCCUCUCACCAUCCAGCUGUCCCACCGGUUCUUCCAUAGAAUGAUGGGCUUUUUCUUUCCUGGUCGAAAUGUGGAAGAUGAUGAAGUUGGUGAUGAAGAAGAUAAGUCCAAACUGGUGACGACUGGAAUACCAGUAGUAAAGCCUCGGCAGCUGAUAGCAACAGAUGACGCGGUACCACUAGGCUCUGGAAAGGGUGUGGCACAGGGCUUGAGUAGGAGUUCUGGAGUCAGAAGAUCAUUUCGCAAAUUACCUGAGCACCCAGUUGAUGACAUUGACAAGAUGAAAGAGCGAGCUGCCAUGAACAACUCCUUCAUAUAUAUAAAAAUCCCGCAAGUCCCACUGUGCGUCAGUUACAAGGGUGAGAAGAACAGCGUGGACUGGGGCGACCUUAACUUGGUGCUACCCUGUCUGGAGUACCACAACAACACGUGGACAUGGCUGGACUUUGCCAUGGCUGUCAAAAGGGAUAGCCGAAAAGCUCUAGUUGCCCAGGUAAUCAAAGAAAAACUAAGGCUGAAACCUGCAACAGGGUCUGAGGUCCGGGGAAAGCUAGAAACAAAGUGUGACCUGAACAUGCAACAGCAGGAAGAAGAGAAAGCCCGGCUCCUCAUCGGUUUAAGUGUGGGUGACAAGAACCCUGGCAAGAAGUCCAUCUUUGGCAGGCGCAAGUGAUGUGGAGACCCAAGUGGCUGCAGUAUAGAAUGGACUCUGUCAGGAUCCAGGGACUUGAGGGUGGGCAGAGCUUCCCUUCAUCCCGCAGGAUUUGUGGGGCAUGUGGGAAUUGAGAGAGACACUGUUCAAUAGCUGGCCUGUCCCUGCAGGGCAUGGUGGACAAAAGUGCUGAGUUCCCUCUCAUAGUAUUAGGCCCAAGGCCCAGGGUCAGAGGGGCAAGAAAACCAGAAGACCCAGAGAUCGUGUCCAAGCCUAGUAUCCUGCUCCUUUGGGGCAACAGAAAGGGUGGGGGGAUAGUUUUGAUCAAGUAUGAUAAAUUUUUAUAAAGACAUAUAUAUAUAUAAAACAUAUAUAUAUAUUUCUAAAUGUAAUUGCUCUCCCUUUGUGCCAGUAAGCUAAGGGGAGGAGUCUGACCCUCUGUGCCUCACUCCACUGCCUUGUUGUAUAAGAGGUGUUAGGUUUGGGGGGAUAAGCUUCCCAAUCUGUGUGCUCACUUGGGAGGAUGGCAUUAGGAGCCAGGGCUGGCCAUGGGUACCUUACUUUCCUCCCUGGGGUAUGCCCAGGAGAAUGGAGAAAAAAAAAGAUUUAAAGAAAAAAUAUUUUAAAUUUGAUGCUGGCCUUUUUUAAUUGUAUUGAGUAAAAGUGUUCAAGUUGUC